UAAAAAUAUAUAGGCUUUUCAAUUAAAGAAAGACUCCACCCAACGGCGGCUCUCUCCAAUCAUUCGGUUCUCUGUCUCAUUUCUCCCUCUUUUAUCUUCCUUUUAGAUUCUUGAAUUAUCCCCCGAUUUUUAUCCGAUUCCAUCCCAUCGCCGAUCUCUCCUCUUUACAUUUUCAUCUACCCAACGAUUUUUUCCUGAUCUAAAAACCUUUGCUUCGGAGAAAAAUACGCCGAGGAACAGCAUAGCGAAAUCGGCGGUUGUCGGUUAGGGAGGAAGGCAAAAAGAAUGUCGGCCGAACAGAAAGAACAAGAACAAGAACCUAACUCUAACCCUAACCCUAAUGGUAACGGCAACGGCAAUGAAAAUUUGAACACUGAAAGUGAACAUGAAGAAAGACAAGAAGACAGUCAAGAACAGGAACAGGAACAGGAACGAGAACAGCCGCCACGUCAGUCUUCGACAAGAACUCCUUUCACUAAUCUCAGUCAGGUUGAUGCUGACCUGGCUCUUGCUCGAACCCUACAAGAACAGGAAAGGGCGUAUAUGAUGCUUAGGAUGAAUAAUGAUGGUGGGAGUGAUUACGGGAGUUGGGAGGCUGGGAGCUAUUUGCAUGAUGAUGACGAUGAUGAUGAUUUUGGGGAUCCCCAUGAUCAUGAUAUUACUGACGGCGAUGAUGAGGAUGAGGAUGAUGGUGAGCAAGAGGAUGAAGAUGAAGAGGAAUAUGAUGGGACUGAUGCCGAUGAUGAUGAGGAUGCGUUUGAUGUGCAUGCACAUGCUGAGGAUGGUGAUGAGGAUAACAACCCUAGUGCUGAACUCGACCCAGCUGCUUUUUCGAGUGAUGAGGCUUUUGCUAGAGCGCUUCAGGACGCUGAGGAAAGAGAAAUGGCUGCUAGAUUGUUGGCCUUAGCUGGGAUUAAUGAUAGAGGAAUUUUUACAUUAGAGGAUCAUGGAGGUCACUCCCAGGAUACAUGGGAAGAAGUUGAUCCUGAUGAGCUUUCGUAUGAGGUAAACUGGGAAGAGUCUACUGCAUUAACUUUCUGCUUAAACACUCUUAAGUAUGAUUCUAUCAUCCAGGAACUCCUUGCACUUGGUGAAGUUGUUGGAACUGAGAGCAGAGGGCUUUCGGCUGAUUCACUUGCCUCCUUGCCUUCCAUAAAGUACAAGGCAGGAAGCAGUCAGACAGGAAGCAAUGAUUCGUGUGUCAUAUGCCGUGUAGACUACGAUGAUGGUGACUCCCUGACAGUGCUUUCUUGCAAGCAUUCAUAUCAUCCCGAGUGCAUAAAUAAUUGGUUGAAAAUAAACAAGGUCUGCCCUGUUUGUAGUGUUGAGGUCUCAACCUCGGGUCAGAGCUAGUACUCUGGGAAUACUCCUCCAUCGAGCCACAAGGUAGCAGCGUCUUGUUUUAAUACACGCAGAAUGUACCAGUUCUUUAUGGUAAAAGACAUGUAUCUACAACAUCCAUUCCUCUAUUAACUUGUGUUCACCCUAUGGGAAUUAGUUUUUACCAUCUGUCUUAUGCCGACUGGCCGGGCUUUUUAGAAAAAUGACAAUCACCAAAUUGUGUUUGAUUUUCGCAUGAUGUUUAGAAAUGGCAGCCUCACCCAUUGAAGAUUGUCAAUAUCUCCUUGGAUCUGGAUUGUGUAUAAUGUUUUAAUAUUUUGGGUAAAGGAAAUAUCCACUUAAGAAGGGUUUAGGGUUUUAAUCAAA